AUUGAAGCAUGGCUGCACCAAUCAAACCUUUCCCCCUCUUAUCCAGUGUCACACUCUCCAUCUCUCUAACGCCCUCCUCAUCUCCCUCCCCACUCCCUCUCUCAUUGUUGAAUGGUCAGGAGGUGUGUGCAUGUGUUCAUCUUUGCCGAGGAGGGAUUGCAGGCGUGCACAAGUGUGUAUUUGUGUGCAUGCGUGUGUGCACCUGUGUGUUAAAGCAGCAUUGUUCCUGAUAGUGAGAAAGCUGUGCCGUGCUGUUUGGAAAAUCCAAGGUCAUUGGAGCCUAGUCACAUGUUCUGUAUGUGAGCGUGCAUGUGUGAUUGAGUGUCUGCAAGAGUCUCUCUCUCUCUCUCUCUCUCUCCGUCCAUCUCUCUCUCCCUCUCUCUCUCUGGCUAUGUGAAGAGAAAAGGCUUCAGGCAAAGAAUAGACAAUUUCAUCAGGUUUUCCAUCAAUGUACGGUGUUUGCGGGUGCUGUGGGGCCCUGAGACCCCGUUAUAAGAGACUGGUGGAUAACAUUUUUCCAGAAGACCCUGAGGAUGGUUUGGUGAAGGCAAAUAUGGAGAAACUCACUUUUUAUGCCUUGUCUGCUCCUGAGAAACUAGAUCGCAUCGGCGCCUACCUGUCCGAGAGACUAUCCAGGGAUGUGGCUCGCCACAGAUAUGGGUAUGUUUGUAUUGCUAUGGAGGCUUUGGAUCAGCUUCUGAUGGCCUGUCACUGUCAGAGUAUAAAUCUUUUUGUGGAGAGCUUCCUCACUAUGGUGCGCAAGCUUCUUGAGGCAGACAAACCCAGCUUACAGAUCCUCGGCACUAACUCAUUUGUGAAGUUUGCCAACAUAGAGGAGGACACUCCAUCAUACCAUCGAAGCUAUGAUUUCUUUGUCUCACGCUUUAGUGAAAUGUGCCACUCCAGUUACGAAGAUCCAGACGUUCGCACAAAGAUUCGCAUGGCAGGUAUUAAAGGCUUGCAGGGAGUGGUGAGGAAGACGGUUAAUGAUGAACUACAGGCAAAUAUUUGGGAUCCCCAGCACAUGGACAAAAUCGUGCCAUCUCUUCUGUUCAACUUACAACAGGAAGAAGGCAUAGAAAGAUCUCCUUCCCCUGAGACAGAAAAAGAGAAGGAGCGUCCGGUGGAGCUGACCGAGAGGUGCUUUCGAGAGCUGCUGGGACGAGCGGUGUACAGCAAUAUAAAGAAUGCUGUGAAACCCGUGCUUAUGCACCUUGAUAAUCAUUCACUAUGGGAGGGCAAAAGUUUUGCAGUGCGCUGUUUCAAAAUCAUUAUGUACUCCAUUCAGUCUCAGCAUUCACAUUUGGUGAUUCAGCAGCUGUUGGGCCACUUGGAUGCCAACAGUAAAACCUCAGCCAGAGUGCGUGCUGGGAUAGUGGAGGUGAUCGCAGAGGCGGCUGUAAUAGAGGCCAGUGGAUCCAUAGGGCCUACAGUACUGGAGGUGUUUAAUACUCUACUGAAGCAGCUCAGACUCAGUGUCGAUUAUGAGCUCACUGGGUCCUAUGACUCUUUUGGAAACAUGGGGUCUAAGGUCAUUAAAGUACACGAGGAAAGACAACUGCAAGAAGCCGUCAUUAAAACUAUUGGCUCAUUUGCCAACACGCUGCCCACCUACCAGCGUUCAGAAGUCAUGCUGUUCAUCAUCGGUAAAAUUCCUGUGCCAGGGAUGUAUCCUGCUUUGGGGUCACCCAAUACAGGGAUUGAGGGAAGUAGAAUGAUACAGAUUAUGCUGCUAAAAUCUCUGCUGCAGGUAACAGCGGGAUUCCAGUCUACAAACAUUUUGACAGCUCUGCCCACAUCAUUCUUGGAUCCGCUUCUGUCCUUUACUUUGAUGGAGGAUGUAGAGAUCCGCCUGCUCGUUCUUGAAAUUCUCAUCAGCAUCAUCGAUCGCCAUGACAACCGGCACAAAUUCUCCCCUGUCAGAAUUACAUCCGAUAUCUCAGUACUGAUGUUGAAAGUAGACAAGUGCUCCAGACAAGAUAACCUGUUCAUGAAGAAACACAGCCAGAGGCUUUACCGCCACAUUUAUCUGGCCUGCAAAGAGGAGAGCAGCAACCAGCGGCACUUUGAGUCUCUGUAUACGCUGCUGGCCUUAAUCUGUGUAGAGCUGGCCAAUGAGGAGGUGGUGGUGGAUCUGAUUCGACUGGCUUUGGCCUUACAGGAUCUGGCCUUGAUUGAAGAAGCGCUUCCUGUGUAUAACCGCUGUGCCAUCCACGCUCUAUCAGCGGCAUACCUGAACCUCAUCAGCCAGCUGACAACUGUGCCCACUUUCUGUCAGCACGUCCACGAGGUAAUUGAAUCAAGAAGGAAGCUGCUUCCUUUCCUGCUACCAGAGGAUGUGCUUGUUGAACCCUCAAACAUCCCAGAGAAGCUGGAGAAGGUGGAGGGUGAGGUGCUGUUUGUGCAGUCUAAGAUAGCAGAGAUGCUGGGCGGCUCUGGAUACAACACAGAGAGACUGGCCGCUCCAUAUAUCCCCCAGAUCACAGAUGAAGACAGGCUGUCUAAGAGGAAGAGUAUUGGAGACACUGUCUCUCUGCAGUUAGAGAUGGAGUCUAGACCAAGUCCAGAAAAAGAGCAGAGAACCACAGCUGAGCAGAUAACAUUUGAAACUCUUAAACAAGCCAUGGCAGAUAGUGAAAAUGUGGAGGAACUGGAGAGAGAGCGCAGGAGGCUGGUGGUAGAAAGGUUUCAAACCGCUCCAUUUGAGGAGAUCGCCGCCCACUGUGGUGCCAGGUCUUCCCUGCUGCAGACUAAACUUAACCAAAUAUUUGAAAUCACAAUCAGGCCUCCUCCAAGUCCAUCUGGCUCUGUCGGGAAUGGCCGGAGUCGCUCCAUACCAGUCUAUGAAAUGAAGUUUCCAGACCUCUGUGUGUACUGAGAGAGCGUAGAGCCACAUACAAACACUAUCUACAUCUCACUAAUACCAUUCCUUUAUAAUGUCCAGGUGUGACUCAAAAACACGUUACAUUAGAAGUCUAAAACUAAAUAAUGACAAAACACAUGCAAAACGAUUGAAUGUUUCUGUAUACUAUCAAACCUCUGAUAGGAUACAUAUAACAGAAUGAGGUUUUCAUCUUUAUUAACUCGUCUAUUAAAUACCCCAGGUUAUUGUGUACUGUAAAUGUGCGUCCAGAGCCAGUGAUUGGUGGAUUCCUGUACAAGUAAAGCUGCCUUAAAUUUUGUAUCUUAAGUUAAGAUGUAUAAGAACGUCCUGGGUGUCCAUUAUUUAAAUGACGUUAGUCGUCGUUCGUUAGCUUGCAUGUUUCAAACUUCUUUAUAUGCUGCAAUAACAUCUGUAUUUAAAGCAAUAAUGAAUGACAUUGGAACCAUUAAAAUGAAUCAUUAAAAUGUAAAUAUAAUGUUUCCAGCGCGAUCAGAUUGCAGUAUCGCGGUCUGAAUGAAACUUGUGCAAGAACACACUGUGUGCAGGAAAGUAAAUUCCGAUCUGUUUCCCUUUUGUAGUCCCUUUAAGGAAAGUCAUCCCACUCGGCCAUAUUUGCAAUGCCUCAGGGCGACCAUUUGAGUCAUAUGGACCACAAAACCAGUUUUAAGUCGCACGGGUAUAUUUGUUGCAAUAGACACCACUAUUCUUUUAUGGCAAAAAUCAUAAGGAUAUUAAAUAAAGAUCAUGUUCUAUGAAGAUAUUUUGUAAAUUUCCUACGGUAAAUAUAUCAAAACUUUAUUUGUGUGAGUGGCUGCUGGGAACUUAAUUUGGACAACUUUAAAAGCGAUUUUCUCACUAUUUUUAAAUAGUUGUAUCUUAGCCAAAUAUUAUCAUUUUCUAACAAACCAAUACAUCAAUAGAAGGCUUAUUUAAUCAACUUGUAGAUUUAUAAAUCAAAUAAAAAAAUGACACUUAUGGCUGGUUUUGUGGUCCAGGGUCACAUGUAAGACCAAGUACUGUCAACUUGAAUCAAGGAAGACUCACUAAGGUCAUAAUAAAACAACAUCUGAUUAACUAUUAAAUGCCACAUCAACUGUACCAUAAAUUCUAUUUUUCAAGCUCAAAUUUAAAUUGUGCUAAACAAUUUAACCAGGACUGUAAAAAAAGAUGGAUCACGUGUCUCUGUAGACAUCCACUGUAAAAAAAGGAAGCCAAAAUAUCUCAAAAAUGGCCAUUGAUAUCUUCAGUCUGUUCAGUAGUGAUGGGCCCCGCCCAUUUUCCUGUUUGGCUUAAUCACAAACACACAAAUCGAUUCGUCACUUUCUUUUUUAAUAGCAUGUAAUAACCAACUUAAACCCAACUUAUUAGAAAAACAAUGACUUAGGGCCCUAUUUUAACAAUCUAAGCGCAUGGUCUAAAGCGCAUGGCGCACAGUCUAAACGGGUAUGUCCGAAUCCACUUGGCUGAUUUAACGAUGGGAAAAAUGGUUUGUGCGCCUAGCACACAGUCUAAAAGGGUUGUUCCUAUUCUCGUAAUCAGUAAUGGGCGUGUUUUGUGCGUAACGUGCCAUAAACCAAUGAGAGUCUUAUCUCCCAUCCCCUUUAAAAACCAGUUGCACUCGUGCCAUGCCGAUUUCCUAUUUAGAUGGUGGAAUUUGUAAACUGAACAACUAAUUGGAGGAAGAAGAUCACCAGUUUAAGAUUGAUGUUAAAAAAUUGCGUUUUUAUUUGUAUUGAAAUUUGGUUCUCUUUAAAAGUCGUUUUCUUUCAAUCAUGGAAAUAAAAAUAGCAGGCUUUUAAUUGCUGUAAAUGUAUGGAUAGUCUACAUGAUCAGUGUAAUCUCAAAGAAUUAUUUACAAAUAUGCAAGGAAGGGUUUGUACUCUAAAAAUACUUUAUUUGUAACAGACAGGAGAUAAAAAAUUUACAAACAUGUGAAGAGCUGAAACCUUUUAGCACUCGGACAGCGCUGUGAGUGUUUUGAAAAGCAUUACUUAAAAAAGGUUCUCAUCUCACCAUAUCCAGAGGUACAAAGUCAUCAUAUACAAUAAAUACGUGGGGAAGCAUUUUUAAAAAAUCAUUUAAAAAUAGAUGCAAUAUUUGCAUUUGUUUUAAGCAAAACAUUUAAUUACUUACCAGGCUACAGGUGAAGCUGCUCUUUACGCCUUCUAACGUCUCGUAAUUGGUUCUCAUUUAUGUCCAAGAGACUCAAUAAUAAUCUUUUACAUUUUAAUCCUUUAAUUUUUCAUAUUUAAAAACGUUUGUGUGCUGCUGCGCAUCCAUGUGUGUGAUAAGCAAACAUGCGUUGUCGUCCCGCUUAUAGGCGCAUAUUACUCUAUUGCUUUUU